AUGACCGCCGCAAGGGCCGUGCCGCGGCUGACGCCGGCGCAGGAGCACCGCGGCAUCACGGCUGCCAUCGGCCACCACUCUUUUGCCCCGCCGCUGCUGCGGCAGUACUACGGUGACGGCGAAAUCCCACACUGGGUCAUCUCCGGCUCGUCUGUCAUCACGGACGAAUAUGUGCGGCUCACGGCUGACCAGAAGAGCCAGACAGGCCACCUGUGGAACACGGAACCGCUGGAUAUGGACGCCUUCGAGGUGGUCGUGGGCUUCCGGGUGUAUCGGCCAAUGGGCGGCUUCGGCGCGGACGGCUUCGGGGUGUGGGUGGCGCAGCCGCCUCGCUAUGACGGCCCCCUCUUUGGCCGCCCGUCCACCUUCAACGGUUUCGGGGUCUUGUUCGACUCGUACGACAACGACAACCGCCGCGACAACCCGAUGGUGAGCCUCGUGUACAACGACGGGUCCAACACCAAGCACUUCGACUCUGAGAACGACUUCAUGGGUGACAGCGUGGCCAGCUGCGUUUUCGACUUCCGCGAGAUUCCCGAACCGAACAUGGCCACCAUGCGCAUGGUGUACUUCAAGGGUGAGCUUCAGGUGUACCUGUCCAGAAACAGCGAGGCUGCAGAGACAGAGUGUCUCAAAGUCACCAGACUGCCGAUGCCAAAGGGCAAGGCGUACCUCUCCUUAUCUGCCCAGACCGGCGGUGUGUCGGAGAUCCACGACAUCCUGUUCGUUCACUUGUCACCCCUGGCGGAGGCGAAGUACGACCACGAUGUGCAGCAGACCACGGUGCCGGCCAACGGGCUCCACGACGCGCGGCUUUACGACAACGAGGCGAUGAACAACCGCCAAACGUCAGAGGUGCCGACGGCUACCCAUCCACCCACGAUGGUGCCGCAGGAGGCACAGCCGGCACAGCAGCAGCAGCAGCAGCAGCAUUACCAGGAGGCACAGCCGGCACAGCAGCAGCAGCAGCACUACCAGGAGGCACAGCCGGCACAGCAGCAGCAGCAGCAGCACUACCAGGAGGCACAGCCGGCACAGCAGCAGCAGCAGCACUACCAGGAGGCACAGCAGCAGCAGCACUACCAGGAGGCACAGCAGCAGCAGCAGCACUACCAGGAGGCACAGCCGGCACAGCAGCAGCAGCAGCAGCACUACCAGGAGGCACAGCCGGCGCAGCAGCAGCAGCAGCAGAAUCAGCCGGCCGCGCAGGCCACCGCCGACAUCGGCGAAAAAGAGCGGCAGCGAAUUGAGGAGCUGGAGAGGAGGUUGGAAGAGCUUCAGGGUCGCAACGGUUACCGCGCCACGCGUCACAUUGAGGAUGAGGAUGUGGAAGAGUUGGAUGGGGACGGCGAAGACAGACAACGCCGCAUGCGGCGCGUGCGCCGUGCACGCACGCCCCGUCGCAACCGCGUGGAUCAGGAUGAGUAG